UCGACAAUUUCAUAGACGUGCCAUUAAGAAAAGAGUGUCAGCCCCUUGGUUUGAUCAUGACCAAAAACUGUGUACGUGUUUUGUCAAUUUCGUUCCCAAGUUUCCCAUUUUCCUUUGAACAGGAAGAAGAAAGAAACACUGGAAACGAGGAUGUAACUAGCUUGAUGAAGUUGUGCGUGAUUUCACGCAAGUAUCUUGAUCGCUCUCGAAGUUAGUUCCUUGGUUGCGGACUGUGCGUCAGGUACCCAGUGGUCCGUGACACCAAGUCCGUGCACAAGUUCAUUUCCCUGUCUUCAAAUUGACCAUAGCAUAAAAUAAGUUGUUAACGACGUUAAUCUACUCAGUUGCUCCAAACCAUUCCAUACCAGCUCAAUGUAGGCUAAACAAAUGGACUCCAGCUUUAAUCACGAUUUUAAGCUGUGUAGUAUGCAACCAAUUCUUAAUCAUGGCUAAAAAGUAGUUUAGCAGUAGUUAAAAAUACGUGGAAUAUGCGAAUAAACGUGAACAAAAGGAAUAACGCUCUUUUAAGGGCGCUCCUGGACUCGAGCAAAAGGCAACGACUCACUCGCAGUCAUUUAUAAGCAAAAACUGACUGCCCCUAUAUGACUAGAAAAUAAAACUAAGAUAACAUUACCCUGGCAAUACUUCAUAUACAAUGAAAAGACCAACGAUGUCGAGUGGUUGUUGUUGAACUUAAAAACCUUUACUUUAUUUAGACUCAUCUUUAAUCCAAUGGAUUGACUGUUUGGAUGCUGCGCUGAGGCAAAUAUAAAUUGCGAUUCAAACCCGGAUAAAAGUUUCAUUCGACAGUCGGAGUGAUCACAUAUGCACUUGAUUGUUUCUACUUUAUGAGUUUAUCACUUGACAGUCGUCUUGCGGUAGCGAUGUGAUGGAGCACUUACAACUAAUAACAUGGUUUGAUGCCUCGAUUACAAAAGAAAUCAUGACGAUGCAUAAUAUAAUCAUCAUGAAAAUUCCGCUUCUUCUCUGUAAUAUUACUGGCUGUGACAAUAAAUAUGCGUCUUCCAUCACUUCAAGCUCAAUUCAUCAACUCAUGCAAUGAUGGUGCAUCGUCGUUUGGACGACAUAUUUGUUUUCCUGAUUUUCGUUGCCACUGUGCGUGGUCUAAAUAUAACACGAUGUCUAGGACCUUACAACGAUUCAUACACAUGUCCUGGGCUGUCCGACCCUCCUGAAAGGACACACUGUUGUAUGUGGAAUAGCAAGCCUGCCUGUUGCCCGCAGGGAGGUUCUUCAUGCAGCGACAGUGUUGAUAUCCGAAAUUAUUGCCCGGGUCCUAACGAGGGGGAUGAUCGAACGCAUUGUUGUGUAUGGGACAGCAAGCCUACUUGUUGUCAUCCUGGAGGUUCUACGUGUAAUGACAAUGCUGAUAUCCGAAGUUAUUGCCCGGGUUCUGACGUGAGGAAUGAUCAAACUCACUGUUGUAUUUGGGACAGUAAACCUACUUGCUGUUUUCCAGGAGGUUCUUCAUGCGGUGGUAAUAUUCGAAAUUAUUGCCCAGGCCCAAGCGAUGGAAAGAAUGAUCGUUUCUGCGCACAAAGUAGCAAUUCCGGCAAGACAUACUGCAGCGACAAUGAGUUUGUAACGAAGUACUUAGUUUGGGUCAUCUUCGCAGGGGUUCUGUUUGUUGUGGCUGUUUUUUUCUUUGGGCAUAUGUGUUGUGUUAAAAACUGUUGAGUUCGUCUCUAUCCUUAAUUUGAAGUUGGACAGUAAAAUGUCGUAAGGUAGUUGUAGUUUUGUCGGCUACUCAGUCGGAUGUUGCAGGGGUUGUGCGAUGAUAUCAGAAGUACGGUGUUGUCACUGUGGUAACAGGUGUUAGCUGUUCAUUUAUGUAGUUAGUUUCAGUAGAUCGUUGAGUGUUUUGUCAAUAAAGUCAGCGUUUUAGUUGCUAGCGUGUUAUAUAUUGAUAUCCAGAUAGAACUGCCGUCGAACCUCGACUAACAGUCACCUCUCUGCAACGGCCACUUUUUUUGUCCCUGCGGACGGUCCAUACAUUUACUCUUUGUUAAAGAAUAAAAUGCAAGCAAGAAUGUAUUGGAUAUCUCUUUCUAGUAUUCAUUUGGCGGAUCUAGGGGAGGGGCCCGGGGGGCCCGGU